AACCAGAAGGAAACCGGUCUUGAGACAGCCGGUCACGCCAAACGCCGCCACCUCUCCCUCGCGCUUCCUCCACCUCUCCUUGCCCACAUUUUUUUACCUCUCUCUCUCUCUCUCUCUCUCUCUCUCUCUCUCUCCGCCUAGAUUAGAAGACGACAAAGGGCCGAUCUUUUUCUCUGGUUGUGAUUCAAAUUCUGGAGGCGGGAGGGGGAAUUCGAUUUGGAGCUCGCCCCUGUUUGAUUUCGACCUCGCGGGUGAUCUCUCGCCUUUUGUGUCGCCGGAUUCCUUCCUCUCUCUCUGUCUCUCUCUCCCCCCCUGUCUCUGGAAAAGGCGAAGAGAAGAUAUCUAGAGAAAGAUCGGAAGAUAUAAGAAGUGGGAUAGAAGGGAAAGAAGGGGAGGGGCAUGGAGUCGAUGACGCGGGUGUCGGACAACGCUAAAGGUCUGAUCUUGGCCGUGGUGUCGAGCGCGUUCAUCGGCGCCAGCUUCAUUUUGAAGAAGAAGGGGCUCAAACGCGCCGGCAGAUUCGGCAUCUCUGCUGGUUUUGGAGGGUAUGCAUACCUAUUAGAGCCUUUGUGGUGGGCUGGCAUGCUAACAAUGAUGAUAGGAGAGGUGGCAAAUUUUGUGGCUUAUGUUUUUGCCCCUGCAGUUCUUGUAACUCCUCUUGGUGCAUUGAGUAUUAUUGUCAGUGCUGUUUUGGCACACUUCAUGCUGAAAGAACGAUUACAGAAACUAGGUGUUUUGGGGUGUGUAUCCUGUAUCGUCGGUUCAGUUGUUAUCGUAAUUCACGCACCUCAGGAGCAUUCUCUGAGUUCUGUAGAAGAAAUUUGGAAUCUGGCUACUCAACCUGCAUUUUUAAUUUACUCUGGAGCUGCAUUAUCAAUUGUAUUGGCAUUGGUAUUACACUUUGAACCUCGUUAUGGACACACCAACAUAUUAGUUUACCUUGGCAUCUGCUCUCUAACGGGCUCACUGACGGUUGUUAGCAUCAAGGCCAUUGGAAUUGCAAUAAAACUUACAUUGGAGGGAAUAAGUCAGAUUGCUUAUCCACAGACAUGGCUAUUUGUCACAGUUGCCGUCGUUUGUGUCAUCGCUCAAUUGAACUACUUGAACAAGGCACUCGAUACCUUCAAUACAGCAAUUGUCUCCCCAAUUUACUAUGUCAUGUUUACUACUCUCACAAUAGUGGCAAGUGCGAUAAUGUUCAAGGAUUGGUCUGGUCAAAAUGUAAGCAAUAUAGCUUCUGAAUUGUGCGGGUUUAUAACAGUUCUUUCCGGGACAGUCUUAUUGCACACAGCCAGAGAGCAGGAAAUGGCUCCUACAGCAGCUUCCAUAUCUUGGUACAUUAAUAGAGGAUCUGCUGAUACGUUGAAGAGUGUUGAGGAGGACCAUUUUGUGAUGUUACUAAGUUCAGAUUCUCCAGAUUACGUCAAGUGAUCUUGUAUCAAAGAAGUCUACAUGGGCCAUGUUCUUGUAGGCGCCUGGUGAAAACAGAGGGGCUACAGUCGUUCCAUUCGGCACUUCAUUCUAUUCUUUCAUGGAGCUGAAGUUGAGAUGAGUUUAUUUUUUUGCAGUUUUUACAUUUGAAGCAGGCAAGUUUGGAUACCGUCGUUGCAGAGGGUACGGCAUAGCCAGCCAGCCAGUGAAUAAUUUGUUUGGCAAUUUUGCAAGGCAUGUUUUCUUUGUACAUAGUUGUUCGCAAGUUAGACUGUUGUGGUGAAAUACUGUGGUUCAUAAAUUCAGAAAUGCCCAUCAAUUUCGCACUUUCAUCGAGCCACUCAGGCAGGCCAUAUAAUUGUAGCAUCUCAGAUUGCUCGAGAGGAAUCAAUCUCGUUCCAUUAGAUUGUAAGUCCCUGUCCUAGUUGUGCCCAGAGACAUGCUAAAUAGCUAUAUUAGCAACUCUUCUUUCUGAAAAUGAUCAGGAUGCAAUCAUUUUUAGGUGGUUUGAGCUUCCAGGACAAAAAAGAAAAAAAAGGCAGAAAAGAGAGAUUACUGAGAUGCAAUCAUUUUAAGGUAGAACGGUGGGUUGUAUGUCUUAAGGUGAAUUAUUUUUCGUAGGACAGGUUAUUAGCUGCAUGUAAAAAAAUUUUGCUCUGCUGUGAUUUUGUAUUCCUCAUGUACUCUGAGGGCCUAUUUGAUUCCCAACAAUUUAACCAAAGUAUCCGAAUAGCAUUAUUUAGAAAAGGAAUCUAUUCCUCCCUUAAGGAAAGCUAUUUGAUCUCUUGAAAGCUAGUAUGGAAGGGGCUUUUUUAUGCGAGAUAUGUUUUAUAGGCUGGUUGCAUCAUUCUGGAGGAGGACUCGUCUCGUUGAUCGCGCGUCUUUGAGAGGAGGGGUAGGAGGAAGUGGAGUACCCGCUUCUGGGCAAUAUGUGACGGAUGUUACGGAAGUGUUGGGCUAUCAAGUUGCUGACUGGAUCGUCUCGUUUGCUGGACUUAGCAAUUCUCAUUUUCUUCUGCUUUGUCUAGUUUUUUUGCUUCCGAUGUAGCUGGUUGUGGUCAUAUUAGAGCAAUAUGAACAGUUGAUUCACCAAAAAAAAAAAAAAAAAAAGGCCGAUAAAUGAAAGCUACGAGUUCGCAAUUGGAUAAAGGAAGAGAAUCUUGCCUACGAAAACAACAAAAUAGCUAAAGAAGAUGAUAACACCCUUAACAGGAAUAGCCAGAUAGCUCUAAUCCAUAGACCCAAAUCUUUAAUGUUUAAACAGUACAUAACCUCAAGCGGUGCGCCACUGGCUACCUAAUUUUUUGUUUUGUAAUCAUUGUCAUCACAUUAGUGUCAUAUGGGCCUGUUCAAGCCCGGCUUUUUUGUUUUUUUUUUAAAAUUUUAGCAGCUCGAUAGAUUAUAUUGUUCUAGAACAUAGAAUAGUCUCGUAGGCUCUAGAGUACAUCGAAAAUUAUUAUAAAUAAAAAGGAAGGUGCAGAGAAAGUAAGAUGGUCUCGUAGUUCUAACGCUACCAUUGGGCAACCAAAAAAAAGAUGACCAUCAGUUGCUGGUACUUUUUUUUUUUAUAUAUCUGUGUCCCAGGGCCCCACCCAAAUGUCACAUGCGUGACUUUUCUCCUUCCGAUCGCCUCGCAAAGCGAAGGCCAAGGACUUCUCGCACCGAAAAUAUCAGAGGGCGAGGCAGGCUAUUAUUUUCCCCUUUUCACUUUUUGGGUUGAUUAAUAAACCUUUUGAGAUCGGAUAUAGAUAUAAUCAAAUCCAAAUAAAAUUGCUAUAGAAUCUGUUUGUAUAUUUCUGCAUGAUUGGACUAAAAUUUUUUGAGGAAUCGGAUCUGAUCCAACAUCGACAUGCACGGAUUGUGUCUGAUCUCACGAAUAAGAUCCUAAAUCUAUACUACCAUUCAACUGAGAGUAAAUUUCUUUUUAUUUACUUAUAAUUGCUUCAUGAGGAUGUAUCAGUUUUAAGCUUCCGAUCGGAUCGAAGUAAAGAAAAUUAAAUGACCGCGUCUCUAUUUCAAAACCACAAACACAAAUCCCAAACCGAAUCCAGAUCUGGAAUCGUCCAAAAUCCAAACCCUAAAUUCAAUCUUUAUGGUAAUUGGAGCGAUUUUUGAGCAUCGAAACCCUAAUUUCCACUUUCACAGCAAUGAAGGCAUGGAAAUCUCUAAAACUGCAAUAUUUAACCGUUCAAUCGAAGAAAGGAAGGGGAAAACACGAUCCUCUUGUAAAAGGAUAACUUUAUUACCGUUGGUACUCAGGUAAAAAAGAGUCUUACAGAUAAAGCUCUCUUCCCCCACAAGCAGACACGAUAAACCAUAAAAUACAAGAGAGGUAAAAAAA